AUGGCGUUUUCGGGGUUCUUUGACCUGCUUUUAUUUCUAAUCAUUUGUGGAUUUGAAAUACUCCACGAGGUCGUAGCUUGUGAUGAUUCUUACCAAUGUCGGUUCGGCCAACAAUGUUGUAAAGAGACCAACACAUGCCAAGCAAGUUGCUCAAAAAGACAUGAAACGAACAUUGGUGUUAUUAUUGGAAUUGUAGCGGCAGUUGCUUUGGGCAAUGCUUUAUUCUGGGUUACGUUUUGCUGUCUGUGUUGGUGCAAGGGGAGCAGAAAAUCCAGAUUUCGAUAUCGUUCUUUUGGUGAGAACGAAGAUAACAGAGUAGCCAAUAAUGAUGAUGAUGUUAUCGAUGACGAUAUGAUCGCUAAUAAUGACAUGAUCAAUAAUAAAGAGGUAAUCGAUAAUGGUCGUGUGAUUACUGACGAUCCUAUCGAUGAUGAUAUUAUUGAUGAUAAUGAAACGAGCAAAGUUCUGGGUAUAAAAGAUGACUCUGGAAGAGAAGAGAUUAGUUUGUCUAUUAUAAAAAUAAAACGACCAAUUUUGAAAACAAAGAGAGCUGGACAUGAAUUGGGCGAAAGUAGUACGGGAAAUUCUUCUAAUAUUUAA